AUGUUACAACCCACUCAAAGCAAACCGAAAAUAAACAGACUGAAAAGAAGCCCGAGAUCAACACAACAACAACGAGUUAAUGAUUCUUCAAAAACCGUUACGGAAGUUUUUAAAACACCCACGCGACCCACCAAACCCAGGUUCAAAAGUUGUAUGCCUGACCAAUCUCCCAGUAACGAUUAUGAAUUCCAGCAAGAUAUCGUCUGGGACCCUGCUACGCCUUCCCCUAUUCGCCGUGGCAGAGGACGCAGAAAAACACCCAAUAUUGGAACGAUGGACAUAUCUGAUAUUGUUAAACGGAUCGCUCCGAAGAAUGGGAGACCUGAGAGGUCAGAGUCGUCCUUGCUACAGUGGAUUGGAGACAGUGCCAUUCCUUGCACUCCAGAGGCAUCACAGCCCAGGAGAAAGACUAAACCAACCCGACAGAACACUGUGGAUGACCUUUUGAAGUUGGCGAAGCAGUUUGACUUUAACAUGAUUCGACAGGAUGAAUUACGGGACCCGGAGACUGAUAGGGGGAUUUCAGUAGAGGCCUCAGAUGAAGAGCCAGAACUGUUUGAUGAUGAGAAUCAGUGUCCGCCUCCGUUGACUAAUACAAACCCUAAAAAUGCAUCUCUUGAUUUGAAACAUGUACAAGUUAAUGAUGAUCAGCGUCGGGGGAGUCCUCUUCGAGAGGUCAACGAUGACUUGGAGUUUCUCUUUGACAGGUCAACCCAGCAAAUCAGUGGUCGUCUUAGCCAGGCCUCAUCUGUGGGCAUUUCUCAGGAUGCUCCCAAAGCCGCACCGGUUCCUCCCAACUCUAGCGCCAUCCCCAAUGGAAAAAGCUGUGAUUCGAAACCACCGAGUCAUGCCUCCUCCAUCACGACUGCACCCAGCAACAGUCGUCAAGCAAACAUCGAGUUUACAGAUGCCGACUGGAACAGCGACGAUCUGAUGGAUGACUCGCUGGUUUUUGAGUUGACUCAAAAUCCGGACCUCUUUGCACCCCCACAGCAUUCCUCCACCCAGAAGCCCUUUUAUGGAACCCAAAUGAGCAGCUUUAGCAAUAACAUGUCCAACAAUGCAACAGUAAACAAACACACAAAACAGGCCCGUGAGAACAAAUUUAGCCCAGUUCGAGGACAAAAUCAGACAGUCAAAAACAGGCAGACGUUUCAGCUGGAAGCACCUUCAGGUAACCAGGUUACUGGAAAGCCCUCUAGAUGUUUUUCAGGAGAUGUGACGAACGCACUGCAGAGUCAGUCGAAGAGCAUUGCCCCACUAUGCACGAUUUCAGUAGUACCUUCAAGCCCCAGAGUCCACUCAAAUCAGGAUCAUCAAUAUCCACACCUUCAAAUGGAUGCUAAGUCUUUAAUGGCACAUCCAGGGCAAAAUUCAGCAAAAUCUUCCAACCUUUCUUCCAAUGGCUGUUUCCAGACCAAUGUCAAACCUUCACUGUCCUCUGCAUUACCCUCCAAUAGCACUUACGCAGCAAAGCGUGUCGAGUCCAAAACAUCUGGUUUCUGCCACAUUGUAAACGCUGUUGAGAAUGAAGCAAGAAGCGAAGUUCCAGAAGCGUUCAAGGAUGGUUUUAGCGACAUUCCAGAUGAGGAGCUGGACUCCAUCUUCGCGUCGGAUGACAUUUGGGAAGACGGGGCGGAUGACGACGAUCUUUUUCGCGAAGCUUGUGAGAAUUUGGACGAGAUUGUCUCCACCACGACCUCCGAUUAUGUUGCUAACUCCACAGUGACGGUGAGAUGCAGCGAGGCGGAGAUUGAGAGGAAAAAACAAGAGGCUAUGGAGAGGAGGAGACUCAGAAUGUUGGCCAGUCAGAACCUCAGGGGUCCUGUCUGA